UUUAGUGACGUCACCGCUGGCGUCACAGAGGAGGAAGAAUUGCGGAACUAGGAGGUUUACCGACCGAUAGCCAAGCUAACUAGCUCACUCAUCUAGCUAUUUAUCUCACCUCGAAAUACCAAUUCUCCCCGUUAGGUAGCCACUCAAACUCAAGGACCAAGAUGACAGCCGCACCUUACAACUACUCGUACAUCUUUAAGUACAUCAUCAUCGGUGAUAUGGGAGUUGGGAAGUCUUGCCUCCUGCAUCAAUUCACUGAGAAGAAAUUCAUGGCGGACUGCCCCCACACCAUCGGGGUGGAGUUCGGGACGAGGAUCAUGGAGGUGAACGGCCAGAAGGUGAAGCUGCAGAUCUGGGACACGGCGGGACAGGAGCGGUUCAGGGCUGUCACCCGCUCCUACUACCGGGGGGCUGCCGGGGCCCUGAUGGUCUACGACAUCACAAGGAGAAGUACUUAUAAUCAUCUGAGCAGCUGGUUGACGGAUGCCAGGAACCUGACCAACCCAAACACAGUCAUCAUUCUGAUCGGCAACAAGGCAGACCUGGAGGCCCAGAGAGACGUUACGUAUGAGGAGGCCAAGCAGUUUGCGGAGGAGAAUGGGCUGUUGUUCCUGGAAGCCAGCGCAAAGACAGGGGAGAACGUGGAGGAGGCGUUCCUAGAAGCAGCCAAGCGGAUCUACCAGAACAUCCAGGACGGCAGCCUGGACCUGAACGCCGCAGAAUCCGGGGUGCAGCACAAGCCCUCAGUGCCCCAGGGCGGCCGGCUCAACUCAGACACACAGCCCGCCAAGGAGGGCUGCAGCUGCUAAUCUAACACACUACACAUGCACCGACACACAAACACAAAUGUCUCAUUUACACAGGUAAAAAGAAAUCUCAAUUUACUGUCUUAUAUAGACUCCUGCUCCCCCCACACACACUUGCUCUGUAAUUUAACACAGCCUGUUAGCCUUUUAAAUCUCUUAAUUGAUUUAAGUUAUUGAUUUUUCUAGUCCAGACCAAUGAUUUGACCCGUUCAUCAGAAUAGGCCCCACACCUGAAGGAUGAAGAGGGUAGACGAUGAAGGAUUCGUUGAUCGGGUAACCAGUGAAGUUAGUUAUUUAGGGCACAUUGUGACUCAUCACAGCAUAGAAACAGCUGAACUAUGUAUUUGUACUGUUUCCCAGAGCUUCAAUGUCCCCCAGGGUGGCUGCUGAUUCUAUGCCAACGACCCACUGCUCUGGUAGGCUGACUUAAGACUCCCAGCAGGUGACCAGGGCCAACUGCCUCCCUUUGACAUGUCACGGAGGGCCAGCAAUCUGAAGGACCCUUUUUGUUUUCUAAUCAAGUAAACUCGGCACUAGUGAUCUGAGGGUUGGCCUUCAUCUAUCCCAUCAGUUUCCAACUGUUCUACCUGUGACUUAUGAUUAGCGUUCUGCUCCCAUGUGAGGCAGCGAGUGCAUACGGUCAUGGCUUAGAACCAGGACAGGUAGAUUAUGAGCUCUCUGUCCGGCAGGGCUGGCUCGGUUUCGGACAUGCGUUGCAAUGCCUCAACCAGGUCUGUGUGUGUGUGUGUGUGUGUGUGUGUGUGUGUGUGUGUGUGUGUGUGUGUGUGUGUGUGUGUGUGUGUGUGUGUGUGUGUGUGUGU